AUGGACAGAUUUAAAUAUGAGCAAGCAGUUAAAGUGAUCGAAGGAUGGAAUAAGCCAGAACUACAAGAUUGUAUAAAAGAAAUUAAUGCAUCGCUUAAUCAAAAUGCAAAACUCAAAACAAAAGGAACUAAGCAACAAUUAAUUAGCACUCUUUUCAAUCAAUUACAAAUAACAUCAAAGGAUAUUAAAAAAAGAAAUCAACUCCUUGACUAUGGAAAAAAUCAACAAGAAGCAUUGGUUGAAUUUCCAAAUAUUUGUCUGAUCAGAGUCAACAAAACCAAUAUUGAAACUAAUUUAAAAGGGAUAAAGAACAGACCUGGUACAGUUCAUCCUCAAGAUAUCACUAAAUUUUGCAGAUUAGAUAUAUCUUAUGAAAACAAGAUUGAAUUUUAUUAUGAAAAUACUUCAAAAAAAUACAUACUUGUGUUAAACUUAGUAAAAAGGGUGCCAGUGGAAGGGAUUGUUGAUACAAUUAAAAAUGGCAAAUAUAUCUCAAAAGAAAAUGUUCUAAAGAAAAUUAAACAAUCACUGCAAGAUUCUGAAGUUGUUGCAACCUCUAGUGUAAUUUCAUUAAAAGACACGAUGAAUGAACAGGUUCCUACUUGGACAUGUCCAAUAUGUUAUAGAAUACUUGAUUCAUGGGAAGAUAUUGUAGUUGAUGGGCAAGUAAAUGAUACUAAUUUCAAUGAAUCUGUUACUAUUGAAGCUGAUGGAAGUUGGAUAAAAUCAAAAAGAUCUCAUAAAAAUGAUGCUUCACUUGCUAUGGUUUCUCCAGUUAAAAAAACAAAACUUAACCAAUCACGUAAACAAGUUUAUGCAAUCGAUUCAUCUGAUAGUGAAAAUGAUUCAUCUGAUAUGGAUUUGGAAUCAACUGAUUCAUCUAAUAAUAACAAAAUAUUAAAUAAUUCAAAUGUAUCAACUGGUCCAGUUUUCAUUGACCUUACACAAAGCAGUGAUGAAGAAACUGACGAUAAGAUGACUAGAACAAAUAAACAUGUACUUUUAAAUGCUCCCCCAAAAUCUAACUCAAAAACAAUUGCUAAACUAUUUAAUACAACAACAGCAGCAACUAAGUUAGAAUUACCAUUACCACCCCUACCCAGCAUCUUCUAA